GUUUUUUUCGCCACCGUUAAAAAUCGUCGGAAAUGUGGCCAUCAGCCACAAUUUUCCCUCUGAUAUGCGGUUUUGUUCUACUAUCAGCUUCUCAAAGCAAAGGCAUUGACAUCAAGAACCGUGACGGGAAAGAAGACAAAGAGCAAGGUGUUGUUCGUCAAAAAAGGACGUUUGGUAAAGUUGAACCGCCAUGUAACUUGACCCGUGGCGUGUACGUGGAAAGGUGGGACAGGAUAGAUUACAAGCGCAUUAAAUUUCUGCUGGCGGAUCCGCGAUUUCCGAACCUGCCAAGUUUUGCAACAUGUUUACCAACAUUUGAGCAGCCAACAAACUGGGGGGACUUCUUUGGUUCGCGAUUAAGAACCUACUUUGUCCCUCUUCAGACUGGAAACCAUUAUUUCUUCAUUUCUUCUAAUGCAGGAAGUGAACUGUACAUAAGCACAAAUGCCAACCCAAAAGGUAAAACAAUGAUCACUGGAGUAGAUGGAGGAUUUCCUACAAACCACUACGAAUAUGACAGGUUUACAAACCAAAAGUCACUCCCAGUUUACCUAAAAAAAGGCGUGUACUACUACAUGGAGGCAAUCAUGAAAGAUGACCAUCAAUGGGACCACUUAGAAGUUGCUUUACAGACACCAGAUGGAAAGUUUUAUAACGUGAUUCCCUCUCAAUUCCUGUGGACGAUAUACCACCCAUCUUCGGAGUACAACUCUACGUAUCAGGCAACAUUGAUCAGAGCAGCAGCAAUAGCUGGUGCUAAGGCUGGUUCGUCAUUCGGAGCAAAGUGGGCUAUGAAAAGUGGAGCAAAAGCUGGAGCAAAGGCUGGUGCAAUGGCAGGAAUGAGGGCUGGAGCAUCAGCAGGAGCCAGUGCAGGGGAAAAAGCUGCUGCGAACACGAUGACAAGGACUUUAGAAAAUGCAAUGAACUCCCUUCACGGUGAUGAACUUCAUAAGUUUAAGAUCACUCUCAAAAGCGGAAGUGAAGUCGAUAUUACUGGCCCUGGAAUAGGAGGGGCUGGAACCGGUGCUGCCGGAGCUGCCGGUGCUGCGGGGGUCGGUGGAGCAGGGGGAGCGGGAACUGCCGGUGCUUCUGCAACAGCUGGAGCAGCUGGAACGGCUGGAUCAGCUGGAACGGCUGGAUCAGCUGGAACGGCUGGAUCAGCCGGAACCGCCGGUGCAGCUGGAGGUGCAGGAGGAGGAGGGGGAGGUGGUGGUACAGGAGGAGAAGGCGGAGGCGGAGGAGGAGGAGGCGGUGGCGGAAUAGCAGGAGGGAGUAGGGGUGGCAACAGCGCGGCAGGAGGAACAGGUACAAGCAUAGGUGGUGGUGCUAGUGCUGGCGGAGGCGUGUCUAUAGGAGGAGGAGGAGGAGGAGCUGCAGUGGCUGGAUCAUCUUCUGGGAUGGCUACUGGAGGCUCUAGCGCUGCAGGAAUCGCAGGUGGGGGUGCUGUCGGUGGGACUCCUGGAGAAUUUGCCUACUCUUCACAACGUGAGGUCACGUAUAUUCCAAAACCGGGAGAGGAUCCACAGACAAUUGCCCGACAUUUAGUUUGGAGGGUUGGAGGCGCAAGCAAACUUGUGGACAAAGGACUAUACACUAUUCAUUCAUAUGACAUUCCAUAUGCCCAAGAGAACAGUACACUUAACUUCUGCUGGCGUGCCAAAAACAGUGAUGUUGCGCUGGAUCACUUCUGCCAAGUUUUCAGAGCUCAUAUUCCAGGCCUUUUCAAGAAAGUUAAGGACAGUGACGGCACAGUUUCAUUUGAGUCACUCUGUUUACCAGGACAUUACAUCAAGCAAAGAAACUACCAUUUCAUUCUUCAAAAAAGGGACGGAUCGGAACUCUUUGAUAAAGAGAGCUCCUUCAGAGCUUUCUCUGUGAUGAAAUACACUCGGAAUCUGAUGCUGCAAUCUAUGCAUAAGGAUUGGUAUAUUUGCGAAAAAAAAUCGAAGUCGAUCCAUAUAGCAUCUGAAUUAAAGUUGGACUUUUACAAUGGUGACCCUGAUGUCCUCGUUCGCUGCACGUUUGUCUUUCAUCCUAUCGCUCAAAAUGAAAAUAAAUACAGGAUGUGCCAGAGGGUAGUAGGACCUGUGGCACAACCAGAAAUAAGUGGACAACCUCUUCCGCAUCCUCCUCACUUAGUUCCGGAUGCAUCACCAUCCCCUGCUUUGCCCUCGUGUAUACCAGUAUGUCCAGCAAGGAAAGGGGAAGGAGCCUCAGCUCAACCAGGAAAUUUUGAACCAUCCAUUCCCGGCCCUCCAACGUCAUCUGGGAGUCCUUCUGUCGCAAAUGUCAAGAAGGCGUGUGUCGCCGUGAACUUCAUAAACAAUUUUGGAUCUGAAUUCAAAAUUUUAUCAUCCCUUAAACACGAGGCAUACCUAGUAACUGGAUCUGGCUUUAAGCUGAAGCUUAUGAUAAACCGGCCCGAACUUCACAGUCACGUGACUUUCACCGCUGAAGAUCCUAAAUGGAAUCGGGAAUUGCUAUUGAACCAAAAACCAAAUAUAUCAGAGGCAGUGGUCGAAGGAUGUCCUGAUUAUUUGGAUGUCAUAGUGACAUCAAAAAAAGGCGCCUCAACAAACAGGACCGGUAGUCAUGUUGCUCCUCCGUCACUUCCGUUAACACCUUCCUCACCGGCUUCAAUAUUCCCUCCACCCUCUCCCCCUGCCUUAUCUCCAGCUCCACCCCCUCCCCCUGCCUUAUCUCCAGCUCAACCCUCUCCCCCUGCCUUAUCUCCAGCUCCACCCUCUCCCCCUGCCUUAUCUCCAGCUCCACCUCUACCUCCGUCCCCUCCAUACAAUUAUCGAAAGCCUCCUUCUUCUCCAGUCACAGCACCAUCUCCACCCUCCCUGCCAUCAUCACCACCUUCUUCAGCUUCAGUAUCAAACGGAAAACAGGAACCACAAUCACUCCACUAUCACUAUCACUUCCAUGGUCAGAAAGCAACGGCAGGUACAUCAGCAUUUUGUCCCAACAUGUGCUCGCAGUCUGCAGAAUGUCAUCCCACUUGUCCAUCACACUGCUGCAAGCGCGACUUCGAUGAGGAAAUAUCAGACAACGAUGAUGACGAAGAUAUAACGGUGAUUUGAAAACGUCCAUUCAUUGCAUGUCGCUAUUUUUCUCGUUUAAAAUUAACAAAGAUUGUUGAUUUGUAUAUUGAUGGCGGAUGGGCGUGCUAGCAUAACUCCUGACCUUAGGAAACUUAAAAAAAUGGCUUUCGAGGCUAUUCUAGCGACUCCUGCAUCGCUUGCCUGGUGAAAAAAACAGAAGACAUGUGUUGUCUCUAAAAUAAGUGCUCAUGUAUCUGUCUCCACUUUGAUUUG